AGAAGACUAGCGUGCCAGUUUUGGCGUGUGCCUAAAUAAACUGAGAAACAAAUAUAUUCACCAAAUAUUCUACUUACGAAAUCAAAUUUAGAAGAAAAAUAAGAACUUCGGCGUGUAAAUUUUCCACUGUUUUAUGUUCAAAGUUCAAACACACUUAGAUAAUAUUUGGUUUUUUUCUAAACUAUGUGAAUGUAUUAAUUUUUUUUUCUUUCUGGAAUAUUAAAACUGUGAAUCUGUGAUAGCUUUGAGAAAUAGGUUUCUCUGGGUUUUUACACGGAGAGCUGUUUCAGGGAACUGUCUUUUCGUUUUUGCUGGUUCACGAAGUUGCUUCCAAGCACAAUUUGAUUUUGAAAUCUCAUUGCUUUUAAUUUAGUGAGUUUUGUUAGUUAAGGUUUUUGGGUUCUAAAACCCCAAAGCUAUCAACUUUGUUGUAUGUGAUGAAUUAGUCAUGUCAAUUUCUCAGAUUUAACUUAUGGGUCAACUUUAAACUGAUCAUAGCACCUGAAAUUUGCAGUUUUUUUUUUACUUGAUUUAGUGGGUUUUGUUAAUUAGGGUCUUACGGUUCUUAAACCCCAAAGCAUUCAACUUUGUUUGGUAUGAUGAAUUAUUCUUGUAAAUUUCUCAGAUUUAGCUGAUGGGUCAGUUUCAAAUUGAUCAUAGCACUUGUAAAUAUAAAGUUUUUUGGCUUGGUUUAAUGGGUUUGUUGAUUAGGGUUUUAGGGUUCACAAACCCUCUCGCUCGCUCUCCCUUGCAAAUUUCUCAUAUUUAGUUAAUGGGUCAACUAAAAACUGAUCAUAGCAUCUGAAAUUUUCAGUCUUUUCUUGGAUUUGUGAGUUUUGUUAAUCAGGGUUUCAGGAUUCAAAAGUCCUCUGUAUCUUGCAUUAAGCAUUCAACUUUGAACUUUGUAAUGAAUUUUUCUUGUAAAUUUCUUAGAUUUAGCUAAUGGGUCAACUUAAAAUUGAUCAUAGCACCUGUAAUUUGCAGUCUUUGGUUAUUCUUUAAUUGCAAAGAUAAUAAAUACAAAUUAAAGGAUAAAAAAAGAUACAAAGAUGCUUCUUGUCUACCGUUGUGGUGGUUUACUUCUACUGAUACCGAGAUGCUGUUUUAAAUUUUUUUUUUUUUAAAUUUGCAGGUUCCCAAACUUCUACGGUUGAUUAAACUAAUACCAGAAACAUGUGCUUCAAAGUUGGAACUUGAAGACUUGAAGAAACACAACACAGUCACCACACAGAUCUCCAAGGGAAGAAGUUAAGUUAGUUGCAUAAAAGUAUCAAUCUCUGGUCCCCACCCUCAGUUCUUGGAACAUCCUCACUUUCUAUUUAAGGGAAUGGCUUUGGUUAUGGUUAAACUAAUUUGGAAGAAGUGGAGGUUGUGAUCCUUGAGGCUUUUUUUGGUGGUCUUCUUGCAAGUCAUUUAUCUUUACCUCUUCAAGAGUUUUUUCGCCUAGGGGAAGAAGAUGAAGUUCAUGAAAAUUGGUUCGAAGCCAGAUUCGUUCAAAACUGAUGGGAAUAAUGCCAGGUACGUGGAAAAUGAACUGGCUAGUGACAUUAGCGUCAAUGUUGAUGGAUCAAGAUUUUGUUUGCAUAAGUUUCCUCUUCUUUCAAAGUGUGCAUGCCUACAAAAGUUGCUCUCAAGCACUGAUAAGAACAAUAGCGAUGAAGUUGAUAUCUCUGGUAUUCCCGGCGGCCCAACUGCGUUUGAGACAUGUGCAAAAUUCUGUUAUGGUAUGACAGUAACGCUAAGUGCGUACAACGUUGUGGCCACCAGAUGUGCAGCUGAGUAUCUAGGUAUGCAUGAGACAGUCGAGAAAGGUAAUCUCAUCUACAAGAUUGAUGUGUUCCUAAACUCAAGUCUCUUCCGUAGCUGGAAAGACUCCAUCAUUGUUCUUCAUACCACCAAACCGUUCUUACCGCUAUCUGAGGAUCUCAAAUUGGUUAGCCUUUGCAUUGAUGCCAUAGCCAGUAAGGCCUGUGUCGAUGCUUCCCACGUUGAGUGGUCAUAUACUUAUAACAGAAAGAAGCUUCCUGAAGAAAUCAGCGGGGCGGAUCAAAUCAAGGCUAGAGAGGUUCCACAUGAUUGGUGGGUGGAGGAUUUGUGCGAACUAGAGAUUGAUUAUUACAAAAGGGUUAUAAUGAACAUCAAAACCAAAUGCAGACUUGGUGGAGAAGUGAUUGGAGAAGCUUUGAAAGCUUAUGCUUAUAGAAGAUUAUUGGGUUUUAACAAGGGUGUGAUGGAGCAAGGAGAUUUGUUGAAGCAUAAGACAAUCAUAGAGACACUUGUUUGGUUGCUUCCAGCUGAGAAAGACAGUGUCUCCUGCGGUUUUAUGCUUAAACUGCUGAAAGCAGUGACUAUGGUUAACUCUGGAGAGCCGGUUAAGGAACAGCUUGUAAGAAGAAUAGGACAGCAACUGGAGGAAGCUUCUAUGGCUGAACUCUUGAUAAAGUCGCAUCAAGGAAGCGAAACAUUGUACGAUGUGGAGUUAGUGAAGAAGAUAGUUAUGGAGUUCAUGAGAAGAGAUCAAAACAGUGAGAUAGAGGUUCAAGAUGAUGACGAUGGGUUCGAAGUUCAGGAAGUAAGAAAAUUACCCGGGAUAUUAUCUGAAGCUUCGAAGCUGAUGGUGGCAAAACUGAUAGAUAGCUACCUUACUGAAAUUGCAAAAGAUCCAAACCUUCCUGCAUCUAAAUUCAUUGAUCUCGCUGAGGUUGUUACUAGCAUCUCCAGACCCGCACAUGAUGGUCUCUACCGUGCCAUUGACAUGUUUCUGAAGGAACAUCCAGGAAUCACAAAGGGAGAAAAGAAAAGGAUGUGCAAAAUGAUGGAUUGCCGAAAACUAUCAGUAGAAGCGUGUAUGCAUGCUGUGCAAAACGACAGGCUCCCAUUACGAGUGGUGGUCCAAGUACUCUUCUUUGAGCAAGUGAGAGCGGCUGCUUCAUCUGGAAGCAGCACACCUGACUUGCCCAGAGGGAUGGCAAGAGAACUACGCAGCUGCGGGACCUACGGUAGCUCAAGAUCAGUGCCAACGGUCAUGGAAGACGAAUGGGAAGCGGUUGCAACGGAAGAGGAGAUGAGAGCAUUGAAGAGCGAGAUAGCCGCGCUGAAGCUGCAGGAGGAGAGUGGGAGGAAGAGCAUGGACAAAGCAGGGGCCACGGCGAGAAGCAAAAUGAGAAGCUUGAUAAAGUCCAAGAAGAUUUUUGGGAAGAAGCUGCAGUUGCAAAGCAAAGGAGGAGGAGAGAAGAACAAUGGAGGAGGAGGAGGUGGGUCGGAUUCGUCGGAAAGUCUUGGAUCUAUGAACGCUGGCGAAGAAGCUGCAAAAACCGCAACGCCUUCGAGAAGCUUGACUAGGAGGGUUUCUGUUUCUUGA